GUAUGGCUGGGUUAGAGGAACUUGGUAUUCCUGGGGGAGAAUUUCUCCGUGAAUCUUUGACAAACUGUGCUGAUCCUCUAGCUGCUAUAGAAGAGUUUCAAACCGAGAACGGAAUUUUGUUGCCAUCAUUAAGACCUGCAUUGCCUUUCGUGGACCUGCAUGACAUUAAGCGCAUUGAUUUUCAUUCUUCUGUAUUGGAGGAAUUGAGGGAAAGACUGGUACAACAGAUUUCUGACGUAGCAUCAGGGGAAGAUGAGAAGAGGUACACUAAGUUGGAGAGUCUUCUGGAGAAAAGCUUUCCAGUAAUUAAAGUCAAGAGUCUCAGACCAGUGGUAAUGGCCAUCCUAAAACAUCUCCCCCAAAUUAAGGAUGAAUACUUAGAGAAGAUAUUAGAUGAUAAAGAACUAUAUGCAGAAGCAGCUACAGAAGUGAAAAGACAGAUUUGGUCAGACAAUCAAGCAUUAUUUGGAGAUGAGGUUUCACCAUUGUUAUCCCAGUAUAUCAAAGAGAAAGAAAAUUCUCUCUUCUCCCACGAAAAUAGUGCUCAGACUUUUUUCUUAGCAUCACCAAAAGUAAGGAGACAGAGUGAAGUGGUGCAACGACUUGCUGACAUGGUCGGCAAAAAUGUUAAAUUAUAUGAUAUGGUUUUGCAGUUUUUGAGAACACUCUUUCUCAGGACAAGAAACAUGCAUUAUUGUACAUUAAGAGCAGAACUUCUGAUGGCACUUCAUGACCAGGAGGUCAAUGAUAUCUGUUCCAUUGACCCAUGUCACAAAUUUACAUGGUGUGUUGAUGCAUGCAUAAGGGACAAAUUCAUUGAUAGCAAGAGAUCCAGAGAGCUGCUGGGUUUUUUGGAUGGAAUAAGAAGAGGACAAGAAUUUGUUCUUGGUGAUUUAUCCAUGGUGCUUUGUGACCCAUUCUCAAUGAACACAGUUGGUCUCUCAAUGAUGCGGAAUCUACAGCAAUGUAUUAAUAGUGAAUUCUUACCCAGGGAGAGUACUGAGAUUGUACUGCUGGUGAGGAUGAUGGGACUGGGUGUGGGCUCUUGGGACAUGAUUGACAGCCAGCUCUUCAGAGAACCCAAAUUGGAAUCAUCUUUGUUCACCAAAUUUUUACCCAUGAUUUCCUCCCUAAUGGUGGAGGACCACACCCGAGUACUGUCUGCCAAGCUACCUGAUGAACCACCGCUGAGUGCUACUCCACCUUCAGACCUGUUCCUGACGUUUGUCAAAGAGAAUCCAAUUGCCAGCUUCACCACUCUCUACUAUUCUCUUCAGGUCACCAGGAUGAAGGACAGAAUAGCAGCCUGUAACAUUAUUCCUGUUCUUGUCCAUUGUGAAAAUGAACGAGCAUAUGAAGACACAUUCCUUCACUCUCUGAUUUCAUUUCUUAUUGCCAUGUCUGAUGAAUUCUCCCAUGAUGAUUUCUGCAGCGUUGUCUUUGAUGACUUUCUUCUGCCUGGCAUAUCAAGAGAAAAUGUUUUACGCCAUCUUCUUCGUCUGCUGUGGUAUAUACAUCCCAAGGUACCGUCAUGUCGUCUGCAAGCCAUAUUGGACAGCACACAACCAAACAAUGAGCAUAGUGACUUUGUGCACACAACAUACCAUCAACUCACAGAGAAAAUCAAUGCAUACCAGCCAAGUCCAGCAACCCCACAUGAACAGCUGGACUCCCCCCUGAUGAGUGUGCCUACCCCAGCUCCUCUGUAGACCAGCUGGACUCCCCCCUGAUGAGUGUGCCUACCCCAGCUCCUCUGUAGACCAGCUGGACUCUCCCCUGAUGAGUGUGCCUACCCCAGCUCCUCUGUAGAACAGCUGGACUCUCCCCUGAUGAGUGUGCCUACCCCAGCUCCUCUGUAGACCAGCUGGGACAGACAUGUUACAGUUAAAUCAAUUAGAACUGACAAUCUUCUGUGUAUUGUUGUGGCAUCGUGAAUGUGGUUGUGGAGUGUUUUGGUAAACAGUCACUUCAGUUACAUUAUCUCUAACUAUUUUUGAUGGAUACAACCUUAGGAUGUCAAUUUUAUUGAUUAAAAUAAAAUUGACCUAAAAAAAAAAAACUUGUUCAAAAUGUGUUGAGAUUUACUUUAUUGCUAAUAUAUGUAUCAAAACAG